AAUGCAGUGGCACAAUCAUAGCUCACUGCAGCCUUGAACUCCUGGGCUCAAGUGAGCCUCCAGCCUCAACCUUCUAAGUAGCUGGGACUACAGGCUGAUGCGACCAUGCCCGGCUUGGCACAGGAUUUAAAUAUGGCCCUGGACAGGUCACUGGCCUUCUCUGGCCUUCCCAGAUACAUCCCUGCAGACACCUUUAUUGAAGAGGGACCCUGAAGGCUGAACGGCCAACACAGAAGAGGAGGCACUUGGGAGUAAGGGUGAUUUAUGGCCCUGGGAGGGCCCAGUGCAGGUAGGAUGGGAGCUAAGGUAAGGCUGGGCCAUGCAUAGCUGCAAGCAAAUUUCCUUAAAAAACAAAAAACAUUACUUUGUCUAAAUCUAAAGUUUGUGGUGGCAUUCACGUCCCAUCAUAGCCCAUCUAUCCAGACUCAUUUGCCUGGGAUCCCCGUCUUGGGACUAGUGGUCACUGGCCUGCUUCCUGGUCAGUUAGCUUCCGGGACUAGGGGGAGGUGUAAGGAGCCUAGAGUGCAAAAUUUAAGAAGCACUCACUCUCAGGGGAGUGCAGGUGCAGGGUAGCGACGGCAGGACUCUAAGAGUGAGUCUCUUUCCUCCCCGUUUCCCCGUCCUACUUUCACUCUAAGCAUUUAGUUCCCAGAGGACAGAGACGACUUCUUCAUUAGAAGACCCCGGGGGGUCCCCAGCCCUGAAGGGCUCACUGUUGGAGCUAAAACAUUUGCCACUGUUCAGGCUCAUCUUUCUUUCCCCAGUGAAAAAUGGCCUAGGUUGGGAAGGGCAGGUUCGUGUCUACUGCGUGAUCCAACCGAUUCUGGUUCGCCCAGUGUCUAGACUUGUGCUUUGCCAAGAAUAAGCAGCUGAGAUGGGCGGAUAAACCUCAAUGUCCCUGCAAGAUUCAGGAAGUCCCAGCCGGAAAGUAAAGGACGUUUAGUUCCAUGUAUUGUUUUCUUUUUUACAUGCGGGGCAACACACCUGGACAGUGUCGAUGGCUUGCUCCAAGCCACACGGCCGCAUAGGGACAGGGACUGGGCUGCAUAACAAGUUCUUCGACGCUGUGAUCUAAUCAAGGAAAACCUGGGACGCAGCUACUGGAUGAGUAUCGAGUGUAUCGACGCUCUACUUACGAGGACUGGAACAGUGAGCAGGAUCAGUCCAUUGCUUUUGCCUAUCUGCUGAACGCUGAUUGGUCCCCGUUUAGGAAAUGGAAAAAGGGGCGUGCACGCGGGCGCCGCUGCGUGAGGGGCGCGCGGCGGCAGGGGAAGCAGUCUCCUUCCAGAAGACCAUGGCGUCGCUCAAAUGUAGCACCGUCGUCUGCGUGAUCUGCUUGGAGAAGCCUAAAUACCGCUGUCCAGCCUGCCGCGUGCCCUACUGCUCGGUAGCCUGCUUCCGGAAGCACAAAGAACAGUGCAGCCCUGAAACUCGUCCUGUUGAGAAAAAAAUAAGAUCAGCUCUUCCUACCGAAACCAUAAAGACUGUGGAAAACAAAGAUGAUGAUGACUCUAUAGCUGAUUUUCUCAAUAGUGAUGAGGAAGAAGACAGAGUUUCUUUGCAGAAUUUAAAGAAUUUAGGGGAAUCUGCAACAUUAAGAAGCUUAUUGCUCAAUCCACACCUCAGGCAGUUGAUGGUCAACCUCGAUCAGGGGGAAGACAAAGCAAAGCUCAUGAGAGCUUACAUGCAAGAGCCCUUGUUUGUGGAGUUUGCAGACUGCUGUUUAGGAAUUGUGGAGCCAUCCCAGAAUGAGGAUUCUUAAGAUGGAUUAUUGUGCUGCUUGCUCAAGUGUGUGCUUGACUCCUGGAACCUGCCUGCUCCCUCUCCCAGGAGACCAGCUAGUUGUGGGAGGGCGGGGGAGGGGGGGGAGCGGCGGGGAGCUCAGGCAAAAGAGGUUUCCAGGAUGCAGAUUAGGUCAUGCAGGCCUUUACUGGCAUUCAUGUGGCUCAUGUUUCAGGCAGACAUGGGGUCCUUAAGGUGGCAAGUCCUUUAUGGAGAGAAAACUUGACAUUCAGAUGAUUGUUUUUAAAUGUUUUACUUUUGGUACAGUUGAUAGACAUCAUAAAUGAUAUCAAGCUUUACACUUCAUAUGGAGUUAAACUUGGUCAGUGUUAAUAAAAUCAAAAGAUGUGAUUCUACUGUACAUUGCAUUAUUCAUAAUUUAAUUGUUUGAAAUUACAUUAAAUAAAUCAACUAAUUAAAUACUAAA